AUGAAUGAUGAGUUAGAAAAGACAGCAAAUUUUUUUUUCCCCGUUGAUAAUUAAGGCAUGAAAUAAAAAUUUGUUCAUUCAAGAAGAUUGUUAAAACAUCCUGUUUAGAGUAAUGUCUCGAACCCUUCAACACAAAUGUAAAUUGAAUAUAUAAAUAUCUAAGAACUACAUCCAAGAGAAGUUCUGAUAAUUCUGGUAUUGAAGGGUAGCAUACUCCUCCGUAGAUUAGUGGAAUGAAAAAAAGAUCUGAAUUAUAGAUAGGUUCUGAGGAUAGAUAAUCUAAAAAUUAUCGAAUAUUCAGUUCUAAUGUAAAUCAACGUUCUAGUUACCCAUAACAAAUUAGUUUUGGAAAUUAAUUUCAAUUUAUGAAUGAAUUCUUAUAGAUGAAGGAUGAAAAUUAAAGUCCUCCUUUCAAAUAGUUGAAGAAACUCCCUGAAAUCUUCUAAUAAAGAAACUCUAGUUAAGGAUUCAGAUAAGCAUUAAGAAUUCAUAGUGGAUAAAGCAAAAGGGAGACAAUGAGCAACUUUGUAUAAGAAAUUGAAUGUCCAAAGAAAUAGUGUAUGUAGUAGUUGCAAUUGAAACAAACAAUUAAUAAGUAACAAUUAAGAGGAACUUAAAUCAAGUUACCAAAUAUUGGUUAACCUGUAUCAUUUUUAUAGACUAAACAAUAAUUGAAGAUGAUAAAUAGAAUAUUUUCAGGCAAACGGGAUUAAUGA